AUGCUUCAAUCAUCAGCCUAUUCAAGCUGGUUCGAGACCAAUCUGCGCUGUACGAGAUCCACCUUCUUCCGUAUAGCUAGCUUUCUACAAGAGCAUGGGGUCGCUUUUGCACAAGCUAAGGUCAAGAAACAUUCCUACGAAAAGAAGGUGGCAGCGGCGCUGUAUUUCCUGGGCUCAGCGGGUGGAUAUCGCGAGGUGGGAGCUGCAAUGGGCAUGGCUAGAAGCUCUGGCGUAGCAGACAUCGCCACUGAUACUUGA